GCAGGAAUCGACCGCGUGGGGCAAUCUCUCUUUCCUGGCGGAUUCCGAGGCGUUUAGACCGUAUUUAAAAUAUUCGCCGUUUUUAUCAUAUACAAUGGCUAAGUCGCCACCGCUGCAGUCUGCCGCUGGGUGUCUUCUCCCCCCUUCCCCAGUCCCUCGCUCGUGCGGUGGACUCCCGGCGCUCGGGGGGCCGGCCCGCAUCUGUGUGUGCCCGUGUGGCGGGCCGGCCCCCGCCACGGCCUCUGCUGCCUCCCAUGUGGUCGCCGGGGUCCGCCGGGCGCCGCAGCCGCCACCCUGUGUUCUGAGUGAAAUGUGGCGGUAGGCGCGCGCCGUCCCCCGCCGGCCGGCCGCGCUGACCUGACGUGACCUGGCGGCCGGCCGGCGGGACGGUCCACGAUCGGUAGAGAUUGGUGUGGGGUGGGCUCGCCGGAGGGAGAGGAGGGACGAACGGACAGCUGGUACCCGUGCGCUGGUGAACGGAUGCUGCCAAGACCCCCGUGAAGACGCCGGCCGGCACCCCGGGCCCCAAGACGCCGAAGAUGAAGCCCCAGCAGACGCCCAAGGGCGGCGCCAAGCCCCAGACUCCGGGUAUGAAGAACGGCACCACCCCCGGUAAGACGCCCAAGAAGACUCCCAAGCCACAGCCAGACACCCCGAUGCCGCCCCGUCAGACGCCCAAGAGCCAGCCUCAGACGCCCAAACCACAAACGCCCAAGCCUCAGACGCCGAAGCCACAGCAGCAGAAGACGCCCAAGCCUCAGCAGCCGGCGCCCAAGCAGAAGACGCCGCAGCAGCAGAAACAGAUCAACCCGCAGAAGGGCAAGUGGCAGAAGUCGCCCAAGGAGCAGGCCAAGAUGGUGGGUCCCAACGCGAAGGCGGCGCGUGACACGCAGGCGCGCACGGUGCGUCUGACGUUCCCGGCCGGCACCCUGCAGUCGGUGGAGCAGGUCAAGAAGCUGGUACCCACCGCCACCUCGGUCAAGUUCCCCAAUGUUGUGUUUGUCGAGUUUGGUUCCGAAGCCGAGGCGGACAAGCAGCACUCGAAGCUGCAGCCGCUGAUCGCCGACGGACAGCUGAACCAGGUCAACUUUGUCGGAGAGAAGGAGCGAGAGUUCCAGUCCAACAACCGAGGCAUGGAUAACACCAGGCUAUUUGUGCGCGGCAUCGGGAGCGCCGUUGAGGCUGACAUCAAGAAGCUGUUCCCCACUGCCAUCUCCGUGGUGAUCCGGGGCACCAACAACGCGCGCGGCAAGUCGCACCAGCACAAGUACUGCUUCGUGGUGUUCGCCACGGCUGCUGCCUGCACCGAGGCGCUCGAAAAGUCCAAGGGCCUGACUCUGUUCGGAAACCCGCUGACUGUCAGCUACGCCUUCCUGAGGAAGGCACCGGGAGCGGACGCAAAGGCCGAGAAGAGGCCCGCAGAGGCCGCAGAGACGGCCGUGGAGGCCCCCGCCAAGAAGGUCAAGGUAGAACCCAAGGUGGAGGAAGAGGAAGACGAUGAUGAGGAUGACGACGAAGAAGAAGAUGAGGAUGAGGAGGGUGAGGAUGAAGAUGACGAUGAGGAAGAAGACGACGACGAUGAAGAAGGAGAGGAUGAUGAUGAUGACGACGACGACGAUGAUGAUGAUGAGGAUGAUGACGAUGACGACGACGAUGACGAUGAAGAGUGAUGUGCACAGGACGUUUGGAAGGGUAACUGCGUCUCACACGGGAUAUAAGGCGCGGCGAUUUCUAGCGUUACGCCUCAUCCGCAUCUCACCAUAUACAAGGGACAUUCAGGUGUCAUUGCAUUGUUUUCAUAUGGGUCUUGUGUGUCGCCUCGUUUGAUGUGGCUGACGUGAGCAUUGAGCUGAGAGGGCUCGAGAGCUUGUCGAAAAAUAUAUGAUAACGUCUUUA